AGCAAAUUCACACGAUGAGUACUUAUCGACUUCUUUUCCUUGCCCUUCUCUUUCUCUUCGUUAACUCAUCAUUUGCUGCAGCGGUGGAACUUAAUGUGAUUAGUUUUGGUGCCAAAGCCGACGGCUCAACUGACUCAACCAAAGCCUUUCUUGCUGCAUGGGCUCAUGCUUGUGGCUCAACAAAACCUGCAACCAUCAACGUACCCAAAGGGACGUUUUUGCUACGUAAUGUGGACUUCAGUGGCCAAUGCAACAACAACGCUAUAACAAUACGAAUCGAUGGAACCCUCGUGGCUCCUGCGGACUAUCGGGUUUUUGAAAAUGCCAACAACUGGAUUUCCUUUCAGAAUGUUGAUGGAGUUUCCAUUUUUGGAGGAAUACUUGAUGGCAAGGGAACUGGCUUGUGGGCUUGCAAGAAUUCUGGCAAGGAUUGCCCCAGCGGUGCUACGUCACUUAGCUUUAGCAAUUCCAAGAAUGUUUUCAUCAUUGGAUUAACAUCACUAAACAGCCAAAUGUUCCACAUCGUGAUCAAUGGCUGUCAAAAUGUCAAAAUGCAAGAAGUGAAGGUCUCUGCCGCCGGUAACAGCCCCAACACCGACGGUAUUCAUGUACAACUAUCGAGCAGCGUCACGAUACUCAACUCCAGGAUUCAAACAGGCGAUGAUUGCGUCUCAAUUGGCCCUGGUGCCACUAAUCUCUGGAUGGAAAACAUCGCAUGUGGCCCAGGUCAUGGUAUCAGCAUUGGGAGUUUGGGGAAGGACCAAAAUGAGGCUGGAGUGCUGAAUGUGACAGUUAAAACAGCCACAUUCUUGGGUACCCAAAAUGGUGUGAGGAUAAAGUCUUGGGCCAGACCAAGCAAUGGUUUUGCCAGGAAUAUUGUUUUCCAACAUGUUGUUAUGAAGAAUGUGCAAAACCCCAUCGUCAUUGAUCAAAAUUACUGCCCUGGCAACAAAAAUUGUCCUGGUCAGGUUUCGGGGGUUAAAGUUAGUGAUGUGACAUACCAGGACAUACAUGGAACAUCGGCGACGGAAGUUGCAGUGAAAUUCGAUUGCAGUUCAAAAUAUCCGUGCACUGGAAUAAGAUUGGAAGAUGUGAAGCUUACAUACAAGAAUGAGGCAGCUGAAGCUUCAUGUAACCACGCGGGUGGAACUACUUCUGGUGUUGUUAAGCCCACAAGUUGUUUAUAGUUCUUAUACUGAAGCCCAGUAGCUAUUUGGUAUUAUAUUAAGGGGAAAAAAACCCAUUUAUUUGUGGGAGGAAGAAUGUAGAAGGUUAUUUAAUUGCCUGAG